GACUGACGGCUCACUCGGUUACCUCGCAGAUUUAGAAACACUGGAGUACGCGCGCGUGUGAGUGUGUGUGAGUGUGUGUGUGUGAGAGGGAGAAGAACCAAGGCUCCGUCGACUGACCAGAGAGGUGUACCACCACUGAUUCUGGAGGAAUGUGUGGAUCCACCGCUGGAUAACGUGAAAAAAACCCGCUACACCGGAGAUAUUCCAGUGUUUUUGGAGGAUUUACUGGAUUUUUCUUCUCAGUGUCCUCGUUUUGCCGCCGGGACCGACAGGAAACAUCCCCGCCGUUGAGUAAAGCUCGAUCACAUUUACGCGUAAAACGCCUCCUGUUCCAGAUUGCGCUCGUCCAGUCCGCGGUGUAGCCUUUCUGGAGACCAUUCCCAACGCGAACGCUGGACUAUCAUCAGCACAGCGCUCUUAAAAGGAGACUGCCUGGCUUAACUGGGACUCGCUGGGGGGAGAAACUCACCUGACCUCACAUUUCGACGUUUCAGAGAAGAGAAGGGGAAUAAAAGUCGUGCUGAAAAUGCCCCUCGCUCAGUUGGCGGAGCCAUGGCCCAAAAUGGAGCUGGUGCAGCUGGAGACGGAGAAUGGACAGAGCACAGCCGAGGAUGGAGUCGCUCCGGGAGUCAAGCAGAAGCGGUCAGAGAUCACGUGGGUGGAGAAGGACUUCUCCAGCAUUAUCAGACAGGACGAUGAUGUCAUCAAGGAAAUCAACAUCACGAAUGUGGUUAAGGAGGGGGCAGAGAAAGCAGACCCGUCCCAGUUCGAGCUGCUCAAGGUUUUGGGCCAGGGAUCUUUCGGCAAGGUAUUUCUGGUGAGGAAGAUCACACCCCCAGACAGUAACCAGCUCUAUGCUAUGAAGGUGCUCAGGAAGGCCACACUGAAAGUGAGAGAUCGCGUCCGAACCAAGAUGGAGCGGGACAUCCUGGCAGAGGUCAACCACCCAUUUGUGGUCAAACUCCACUACGCCUUUCAGACGGAGGGUAAACUGUAUCUGAUUCUGGACUUCCUGCGUGGAGGAGAUCUCUUCACCAGGCUCUCAAAAGAGGUGAUGUUUACGGAGGAGGAUGUGAAGUUUUACCUGGCUGAGCUAGCUCUGGGUCUGGAUCACCUGCACAGCCUGGGCAUCAUCUACAGAGACCUCAAACCUGAGAAUAUACUGCUGGACGAAGAAGGACACAUCAAACUCACAGAUUUUGGUCUGUGUAAGGAGGCAAUAGAUCAUGAGAAGAAGGCGUAUUCAUUCUGUGGGACGGUGGAGUACAUGGCACCAGAGGUGGUCAACAGGCAGGGGCACAUCCACAGCGCUGACUGGUGGUCAUUCGGGGUACUGAUGUUUGAGAUGCUGACGGGGUCUCUGCCGUUCCAAGGAAAGGACCGAAAGGAGACCAUGAACCUCAUCCUGAAAGCGAGGUUGGGUAUGCCUCAGUUUCUCAGUGCUGAAGCUCAGAGUCUGCUGAGAGCACUAUUUAAGAGAAAUCCUACAAACAGACUUGGUUCUGGACCAGAUGGUGCUGAGGAGAUCAAACGCCAUACCUUCUUCUCCACCAUAGACUGGAAUAAACUGUUCCGUAGGGAGAUCAAGCCUCCAUUCAGGCCGGCUGUGGCUCGACCCGACGACACGUUCUACUUCGACUCUGAGUUCACCUCCCGCACGCCUAAAGACUCCCCUGGUGUCCCCCCGAGUGCUGGCGCUCAUCAGCUGUUCCGUGGCUUUAGUUUCGUUGCCCCGGCGAUGCUGGAGGAGGAGGGAGCCGAGGAGUCAGUCCAGGCACCCCCCCACCCUGUGGUGCAGCAGCUGCACGGUAAGAACAUCGUGUUUAGUGACGGUUACGUGCUGAAGGAGGACAUUGGCAUGGGGUCAUUUUCAGUGUGCAAGCGCUGCAUCCACAAAACCACCAACACGGAAUACGCAGUGAAGGUUAUUGAUAAGACAAGCACUGAUCCUUCUGAAGAGAUUGAGAUUCUGCUGCGGUACGGGCAGCAUCCCAACAUCAUCACCCUGAAAGAUGUGUAUGAUAACAGUAAGCAGGUGUAUCUGGUGACAGAGCUGAUGCGGGGUGGAGAGCUGCUGGACCGAAUCCUCAAACAGAAGUUCUUCUCCGAGCGAGAGGCCAGCGCUGUUCUUCACACCAUCACCAAAACUGUGGAGUACCUGCACUCUCAGGGGGUGGUUCACAGAGACCUGAAGCCCAGUAACAUCCUGUAUGUGGAUGAAUCUGGCAACCCGGAGUCUUUGCGCAUCUGUGACUUCGGUUUCGCUAAGCAGCUUCGCGCCGAUAACGGCCUGCUGAUGACCCCCUGCUACACCGCUAACUUCGUUGCUCCAGAGGUGCUGAAGAGGCAAGGCUAUGAUGAAGGCUGUGAUAUUUGGAGUUUGGGAGUUCUGCUGUACACAAUGUUAGCAGGUUUCACUCCUUUUGCUAACGGUCCGGAGGACACUCCGGAGGAGAUCCUGAGCCGGAUAGGGAGCGGACGCUUCACUCUGACCGGGGGCAACUGGGACGCGGUGUCGGAAGCAGCCAAGGAUCUGGUCUCUAAAAUGCUCCAUGUGGAUCCUCAUCAGAGGCUAACGGCUAAGCAGGUGCUCAAACACCCCUGGAUUAUGCACAGAGACCAGCUGCCCAACAGCCAGCUGCAGCACCAGGACGCACAGCUGGUGAAGGGAGCAAUGGCUGCCACCUACUCUGCUCUGAAGAGUUCCCAGCCCACCCCCGAACUCAAACCCAUUGAGUCUUCAUUCCUCGCCCAGAGACGCGUCAAAAAACUGCCUUCCACCUCUCUGUAGAGAGAGAGUGCGAGAGAGCGGGGUAGAGCGAGAGGUAACAGAAGAAAAGAAGUACUGUCAUGGAGACACAGUGCGAAGCUGUGUGGACUGAAAACGCUCUUCACCUUCUUCAGGCUCAUGGAGGUUACACACGCUGUCAGUCAGAGCAGACGGUGGAUGUGAUUGGCAGAUGGGGUCGGGGGUCAAAAUGCUGGAAUUUAAUGCGCCAUAGGAGUGUGCGUAUGCGUGUGUGUAUGUAUGUAUGUGUGUGUGUGUGAUGCUCCUGUUAUAAAGCGGACAUUUGUGAUCCUCGUUUUCCAGCCUUUGAUGCUGCUGUAUUCGAAUAUAGUUCAGUUCAUUGUUUCGAGAAGAUUAUUUGUCUGCUCUUUUUUUUAUUAUUAUUAUUUGCUUUGUUUAAUAGACCCCUGAAGUCGUGCAUCAUUUUGCUGUCAUGCCCAUAUCAGGAUAUCCAGGCCUGUUUUUCCUGUUUUUCUCUACAAGGAAAAUGGACAUUUUUUUAAAAACCACUGCUGGGAUAAACUGACAUAUUGUGAAGCUGAUAAGUUUUGUACCUUUUGUCACUGGAUCCUCACAAUAACAAGGUCAAAAUAAGAAUAAUGCUACAUGCUAAUGCUGCUGUGCACUGAAUGGACAUCAUAAGACUGACCUCACCAAAAUACUUCACACAAACCAGCAGGCUCUGUCCAGUGUGGUAGUUUCGAGGCUUUGUGCAGUUUGAGUAGCUGGUGUUGAUGUAUAACAGUGUUAACAUUUAAUAGUAGACUUACUUUCAUGCAUCAUUUCAGUGUGCAGCUUUCUUGUAGUAUGUAUGUUCAUUAUUUGUAUAUUGAUUGCUAAACAACAUGGCAAUUCAAGGUAGCCAGAACAAAAAAAAACAAAGUAUCGCCAACAAAAGAUCAAUAUUGGUGAUUG